GCGCAAUUGUCAUUUGCGCAUGCUCGGAAGUCGUCUGUGAUGUGAUCAAGGCAAUUUUUCUAGAACUAAAUCAGAAGAAAAGGAGUGCAAGGGAAGACUACACUCAAUAAGUUAUUGUAUUUAGCUUCGCUGUAACUGAGAAGCAUAAUGAUACGAUUGGUCGUGUUUAGCAUCUUUGUGCUAGCAGUCAAUGGAGAUUACUGCUACAAUGAUGUGGUUCAAUCAUGUGGAGCUAUUGGUGGCUCAAUAAGCAACUGUAACUCAAACUACUCAGGAGUGGACACUGUUCAGCCUGAUCUUCAGCACUACGCGGCGACUCACAUAGACCAGAACUUCCAGUUCUUGUUAAUGUCAGCAUACUUCAAUAACUAUGAAGCGAACAGAGAAGGUUUCAGCAAGCUGUAUCGUCAACUGGCUGAUGAUGCUUGGGAAGAUAGUAUUGAUUUGAUCAAGUACAUGGCCAAGAGAGGUUUCAACAUGAACUACAACAUUGUGCCCAGGAAGAAGGUGAGAAUCCAGUCUUACAAGAUGUAUGAGCUGAGCAGUCUGGCCACGGCCUUGGACAUGCAGAAAGUGUUGGCUGAACAGGCUCAUGAGAUCCACAGUGAGGUCACUGUCCGCAAGAAGAGGUAUCACGAUGCUGAGACCAUCAAUUUCAUUGAGAAAGAGUUUGUGAGCAAACACGCUGACAGAAUCCGUGACCUUGCUGGCCACGCCAAUGAUCUUCACCAGCUGAUCGCUGGCAACAAGGAUCCGAGUCUCGCCAUCUACUUGUUUGAUGAACAUCUCAAGAAAGUUCUUGCAUAGGAUGUUAAGUUCCUCAUAAGUCAUAAUUAAUUGUGAUAACUACAGUGAAGUGUGAUUUACGACUGUUAACUCCUAACAUGCAUCAUUCACUAUCAAGAGCUCAUAUUUUCGUAAAUAAUAUUUAGUAGUUGUACGUUCAGACAUGACAUGAAAAUACAUUUUAAGUUUGUUACAAAUUUCAUGUAGAUAAUUUAAGAUUUAUCUUAGUAAGUAGCUAUUGGGCACAAAGUGUACAUUCACUUGAUAUAAUAUGUAGUUUUAUAAUGUUACACAUAUAUCUUGAUGUAAAUUUUCUUUAUUCAGUAAUAAAACUCGUUUUUAAA